AUGGCGUCUAUGGGUCAUGAUCCUUUCGACCCCGAGGUUAUGAAGGAGCUGAGGAAGGAUAUCACUCACGAGGAGGUCAGCCAGAUUACGAGAGCGAUGAAGAGGCCUGAGUUCCAGGAACACUUCAAAGAGUACAUCGACGAAAUAUCGGACCCCAAGAAUAAAAAGGAGUAUGAACAGUACUUAAAGCAGCUCGAGGAUGCUGGGGAAAUGCCAAAAGGCAAAGUCCUACUGAGAUGCCAACCAGGUAUAUGUGUGAAGACUUCGAUAAGGUUCCCAUCGGGGCAGGCGCAGAAGCUCUUUCUGAAUAUAUGCUAUACUGAUAAGCUUGGGGAUGUUCAGUUUAAGAAGCAGGGAGCCAAGGCGCAUGAGGAUCCUGAUGCUACAGCCCAAGCGCCUGGAUAUGCGGUGUCGUUGCCGUACUCUGCCUCUCCUCCUAGGCCCGAUAAGGAUAAGAGGGAUAAUCUAUGCAUGGUGUCCGAUGUGGCAGUGAGCCAGCGCACCUUCGUCCAAGCGAUUCAGAACGAGGCCUUGUUGAAACUCGUCGUUGAUACCGUCAGUGAAGCCAUCACUACUUCGUGCCUAAAGGGCGGCGAGACGGUAUCUCGGGACUUCAAGGUGCUGCAGAAGAUGCGGUGUAAGGGCGGCACGCCGAUGCCUAUGAGCGUUAGCGAAGAUAUGCUGCUAACAACUAGGCUCGACAGGAGUAGCAAAAACGCAGCAAAUAAAGCUGACGGAAUGACGCCGGCGGAGUUGCGGAAGAUGCAGAAACGGGCCAAAAAGGAUCAGAAGGGGAAACAGCCGGUGGCGGCAGCAUCCAGUUCUGAAGCCGGCGAUAUCAAGGAAUCCGGUGAGAGUAGUAAAGACUGUGCCGGCGGAACAGACUCAUCAAACGGGCUUGUGCUACAGCCCAAGUUCAAGAUAGUGGAAGUUGGACAGCUACGGGACCUUACGAGUUUCAUGGACUCCUCGGCUGGCCAUGCUUCCGCUCCGUCUGUUCAUUGGACAUUACCUGAGAAGAUACGCCUGGAGGUGGAACUGCCUGGAGUGAAGCAUAGCAGCGACAUCGAUGUCGACACUGCCGGGGUCACUGGUGGCGUUAUAGUUCAGACCAAGAGAUACUAUUUGGAUAUCGCCCUCCCCUACAUCGUGGACAGUGAUAAUGCAACGGCCCGGUUUGAUAAGAAGCUCCACAAGCUCUCUAUCAUCUACCCCGUUACAAACCGGAGAUCUCGCGGGGAUGGGACUAGUGAUCUGGCAGUCGCUGCACCAGAUGAGAGCUGCAUAGCGGUGGAAGGCAGCAGUUGUCCAAUGCAAGGCGAAAUGGAGUCGGAGGGCGUCAGCGAAGUAGCAGGCUCGGACCCGGAGAGUGUCGAUGGAAGAAAUAACGAUGAUGAUGAGGAAGUUCAGGGCACAGUAGUGGAGAGUCCGGUCGAUAUCGAUUCUGGAGAUACGAGGAGUGAAAUUGAGGCUUUUACGGUAGAGUCCGUGGAUAACCGUUCUGGUAUUGUUGAACUCGGUUUUAACACAGAAUCGCAACGGAGUUCGGAGACGGUAAAAUCUGAUACAGACUUUAUGGCUAGUGAUUCGUUCGGAGGCUCGCGUGAUGGGUACUACUUCGGGAGGGGCGACCAGGGUCUCGGCUACUAUAGAGACCAAGCAACCAAGGGGGGAUCCGAAUUGUUGGAGUUGGGUACCGGUGAAAGCGUUGCCUUGUAUGAUGACGGUGAGCUCCCAGGUGGUGAUGGACAGAAUAUCGGUUGUGAACUUUUGAAGGAAUCAGAGGCGGCCGUGCUCGAUGUCGGAUCGGGUGAGCCCUCGGCCGAUGCUGAACCCACUGCCGGCGUUGCUGUUGUUGAAGAGUUGGGGGUAGAGGCGCCUUCUACUCAACAGACGAAUGAAGAUGAGUCGGAUCCAACAGCAGCCUUGUUCGGUCAGAGUAUACGAUUGGAGUCCUCUCUACAUUGGGUUCUGUUAUAG